UUAUUCAUUUCAGAGAUAUGGAACAAGGUAUAACACAACCCCCUAUGAUGACUUUUAAACAAUUUCUUGGCUCUCAAGAUGAUGCUAUUGAUGAUCAAGAAGCUGUGAAAAAGUAUAAUGAAUAUAAAUUAGAAUUUAAAAGACAACAAAUAAAUGAAUUUUUCUUGAAUCACAAGGAAGAGGAAUGGUUUAAAUCAAAAUAUCAUCCCGAAGAAUGUGGGAAAAGACGAGCUGAUCAAGUGGCCGCUUUAAAGAAAAGGCUUGAUGUGUUUUUAGAGUUAUUAGAUAAAGACACUAUUGAUGCUGUGAGCAUAGAUGUUGAGAAAUCAGAUCAAAUUGUCCAUUUGUUAGAUGCAGUUGUUAUAAAACUAGAAGGUGGUACUGAUAAUGAUCUCAGGGUUUUAGAUGAGCCUUAUGAAGAGGAAAAACCUAAAGAAAUGGAAACACUUCCUUUAAUUAAAAAGGAUGAUAAAAAAUCAAACAAAGAUGAUGAAGAGGAUGAAGAUGAAACUGAAGAAAAACCAAUAGUAAAAGAACCAGAAGAAAAGAUUGAACCUCGCCGUAAACGAUCAAGAGAUUAUAGCUAUGAUGAAAAUGAUGACAGUUCUGCUGAUUCAGAGAGUGAAUUAGAACCUGCUGCUGCUGCUGCUGAGGAGGAAUGUGAAUCUGUCGUUCUUGGAGAUGAUGCUUCAGAUGUAAAAAAAAGAAAAAAGAAAAAGAAACAUAAAGAAGAUUCACGAACAGAACAGGAAGGCAGUAUUGAAAAGGAUGAUGAUGAUGCACCUGUAGAAGAAAAACAGGAAAAUGAAGAUACUGAAAUGAAGAAGAAAGAAAAUAAUAUAUUUGAAGAAAAAGAUAACAAAAAUAUAGAAACUACAGAGCAGGAUAAAGAAGUUAUUGCUGAAGAUUCUGUUCAAAAACCUCGACCUCUUCACAAGACCUGUUCAAUAUUUUUAAGAAAUCUUGCACCUUCCAUCACUAAACAAGAAGUGGAAGCUAUGUGUAAACGAUAUUCUGGUUUUCUGAGAGUUGCAAUUGCAGAUCCACAACCAGAGAGACGGUUUUUCAGGAGAGGUUGGGUAACGUUUGAACGCACAGUCAAUAUAAAGGAAAUAUGUUGGAAUCUGAAUAAUAUCAGAUUACGUGAUUAUGAAUUAGGUGCUAUUGUUAACAGAGAUCUUAGUCGUAGGAUCAGAUCUGUUAAUGGCAUAGCUUCACAUAAACAAGUCGUAAGAUCUGACAUCAAACUUGCUGCUCGAAUUAUUCAAAAUAUGGACGAACAAAGAAAUCUCUGGACAGAUACAGAAACAAAAGAAAUGCAUGAUCAAAAUUUUGGAUUAGUAUCAAAAAAUCCUCUGUUGAAAAAUAUAACUGACUAUUUGAUUGAAGAAGCCAAUGCAGAAGAAGAAGAACUUUUAGGAAUGUCAGAACAAGAAGAAAAUAGAGAUGGAGAAGAAAGUGGAUGUACUUUGGAAAAGGAUGAAACUCUUAUAAAAGUACUUGAUCGACUUCUGUUCUACUUACGAAUUGUGCAUUCAAUUGAUUAUUAUAAUCAUAGUGAGUAUCCUAAUGAAGAUGAAAUGCCUAAUCGUUGUGGCAUCAUUCAUGCUCGUGGCUCACCACCUUCCAGCAAAGUUACACAGCAAGAAAUUAAUGAUUAUGUAAGUCAUUUUGAAGGAAAAAUUUUACCCUUUCUUCAACCACAAGUAAAGCUUAGUGAAGAAGAAGCUGUCAAACUUGGAAAAAAAGACUCUGCAAUCGAAGUAGAGAAAUUUGUUCAAGCUAACACUCAAGAAUUAGCAAAAGAUAAGUGGUUAUGUCCAUUAUCGGGAAAAAAAUUUAAAGGCCCAGAAUUUGUUCGAAAACACAUAUUUAAUAAACAUUCAGAAAAAGUGGAAGAAGUGAAAAAAGAGGUUGAAUAUUUCAACAACUAUUUGUUAGAUCCAAAAAGACCACAACUUCCUGAACAUCCUUCCAAUCGUUCUAUGGGACCUGGAUCAAAUAUUGGACGAGAUAUACAUCCAAUGAUGGGGCCAUAUCAUGGUGGAGCAGGAGGAUAUCCUCCAAUGCCACCACCUUAUGGUAGUAAUUACAGGGGACCUGGUGGACCUGGAUUUCAAGGAUAUGGUAAUCCAGGAUUUGGAGGAAGAAAUAGUUUUGAGUCAUAUUCUCGCAGUGGCUAUAGCAAAAGAAAUAGUUAUGGUCGUUGCCCUGAUCCUCGAGAAGUGAUCGCCUAUCACGAUCUGGAUAACCCACAGGACGUGGAGAUAUUUUAAUUCGUACCUUGAUUUUGUAUAUAUUGAGAUUUCGAUAGGCAUUUCUGCUAUCAUAAAUGCUACUCAAACAGCGUAUGCAGACUUGAUUAUGAAUGGGAAAAAUAUCUAAUUACUAAUUUUAAAAAGCGGCAUAAUAACAUUGAUGUUACUGUAAGAAAGGAACGUGUACUGUAAUGUGAGUAUUUGCAUCUUUCCAUUUCCAGAAGAAGUCCUCGUUCGGAGCCCCGAAAAAUCAUCACAUACAGAGACCUCGAUGCACCAGAUGAAUUUGACUUCUUAUAAAAACUUUUAGAUCAUAAAACAUAAAAGUCAUUGUGUAAUUUAAUGUAAUGUAAGACUUCACUGUCAUGUUUUUCUACAGUAAAAAUAAAAACAUUUCAUCAAAAGAAAAAAA